AUGGGCCGUGAGCUGGGACUGGCGGUUAACCGCGGGAACGGGCCCAACGCCGCCGGCACGUGCUGGCGCGUGCCGAGCCCCACGGCAGGGAAGUGGGAUGGCGGCUGGGCCCGAAUGCCAGUUCGGGCAGGGCCGGGCCGGCCGGGCCCCCCGGGCGGCUCCGCCGCGGGCAGGGCAGGGACGGCCGGGCCCCCGCGUCCGCCCGGGGGGACACCCGGCGGUGCCACGGCGGGCCGGGAGGGGACCGGGGGGACACCCGGCGGUGCCACGGGGCCCCGCUGCCCUUCAGCCGCCCGCGCGGCGCUCAAGGACACGGCGGCGCCGCGGGGGCCGGGCCGGGCCGCGCCGCCACCCCCGCCCGCACGGCCGGGCCGAGCGGGGCCGAGCGGGGCCGGGCCGGGCCGGGCGGGGGCGGCGCGGGCCCGGGGGGGCCCGGCGGGCCCGGCCCUGCCGUGUUUUCCUGCCGCGGGCCCGGGACGGCGGAGACACCGCGGCGGCACCGGGGCCGCCCCGGACCGGGCCGAGCGCCCCGGAGGGACCCGAACCCCCCCCGGGGGGGACCCGAACUCCGGCCGGGGGGACCCGAAGCCCCGCCGGAGGGAGCCGAGCCCGGCCGGGGACACCCGAACCCCGCCGGACGCCCCGGCCGAGCCGAACCGGCCGGAGCCGAACCCCCCGAACGCGGCGGCCGAAUCGAACCGAGCGGAGCCGAGCGGAGCCGAGAGUGCCCGAGCCGAGCGGAGCCGAGCGGGGCCGGGGCUGCCGCUCCCGCUGUCCCCGUGUCCCGCUGUCCCCGUGUGCCCCUGCCCCGUGUCCCGGUUACCUGGGCCGGUGCGGGCCCGGCGCCGAGCCCCGCCGAGCCGUGCCGAGCCCCGCCGAGCCGCCGCCGCCGCUGCGCUGCCCGGCCAGGCCUCCUCCCGCAGCGCCGCCGCCUCCACUGCAGCACCGAGCCCGCCGCGCGGUCCUAGAGCCCGCCGGCCGCGCCCGCCGCGGCACCGCACGGCACGGGCACGGCACAGCACGGCACCGCACGGCACGGGCACGGCACCGCACGGCACCGCACGGGCACGGCACGGGCACGGCACGGCACGGGCACGGCACGGGCACGGCACCGCACGGCACGGGCACGGCACGGGCACGGCACAGCACGGCACCGCACGGCACGGGCACGGCACAGCACGGCACCGCACGGGCACGGGCACAGCACAGCACGGCACCGCACGGGCACGGCACGGGCACGGCACAGCACGGCACCGCACGGGCACGGGCACAGCACAGCACGGCACCGCACGGCACGGCACGGGCACGGCACGGCACCGCACGGGCACGGCACGGCACAGCACGGCACCGCACGGGCACGGCACAGCACGGCACCGCACGGCACGGGCACGGCACGGGCACGGCACGGCACGGAUCGGGCACGGGCACGGCACGGAUCGGGCACGGGCACAGCACGGGCACGGCACCGCACGGAUCGGGCACGGGCACGGCACAGCACGGAUCGGGCACGGGCACGGCACGGCACGGCAGGGAUCGGGCACGGCACGGAUCGGGCACGGGCACGGCACGGCACGGGCAGAAUGGCUGCACCACGGCCCGGGGGCCGGACAGACCGCCCGGGCUCGGCUUUGCUAA